GAUAAUUCAGGCACCGAACCCCUUAGAUUUUUUCUAGAACAAUGCCAACUACAAUAUUUCCCACCUGGCCGCACAUCCUGUUCGGGGUUGUGGAACCGCUUUCUGGCAUCGGAGGCUGGGUCGUUCCGUUCAACGAUGGCUUGACCCGCUUUAUACUGGAACAAGUACCCAGCGUCGCGCCCCCGGAGACCAUUCACCCCAGUUCCAUCGCGAUGGCCGGUCAGCUGGUUAACCUGUACGGGCUGCUCGCCGUUCUCUGUGUCGGCAUCGUCUACUCCACCAACGAGCCCAAGGUGCUGCGCAACUAUAUCGCGUGUCUGUGCUUCUCGGACAUCGGCCAUAUCUAUGCGACCUAUGUGGCCUUUGGGCCGGAGGCCUUCCUCGACGUACAGGGCUGGAAUGCCCUCGGUUGGGGUAAUAUUGCGGUCACAGCGUUUCUGUUUGUGAACCGUGUUCUGUAUCUGCUGGGUGUGUUUGGGUAUGCGCAGGCUCCGAAGACAUCUCUAAAACAGACGUAAGGAGCUCGGGUUGAUGGACCUUUUUCAUAAUGUGCCUGCUCAUGCGGGUGGGGAUGCGGCGAAAUGUUGAAGACCGCGCGGCUUGUACCGUAUCAGAUCUUGCCCUUCUGGCUUUCAUUUUGAGUCGCUGCUUGUUAGUUUCGAGACGACAUAAUUGCAUGUAGGAAGCAGACGGCAAGAUAUCAUAAAAGUACAGGAUCAAAGAGGGUAUGGGGGAAAUGACAAGCGACUUUUGCUGAAACGCGCUCCCGAAAACGAGCCAUGCAAGGAUUCAAAUAGAGGCAAAAUGAAAAGGACA